AUGUUCCAUUCUGCCAUUGUGCCUUGUGUUAGGAAGCGGUCAAAACCAACGAGCGUCGGUGUCCCAAGUCAUGUGAUUAAGUUUAAGGAGGUGAGACUGUACCUAGUGGAGAGGAAAAUGGGCUCCAGCAGGAGAAGCUUUCUGACCCAGCUGGCCAGGUCAAAAGGCUUUGUUGUGGAUGACAUCCUCAGUGAUGAGAUCACUCACGUGGUGUCUGAAGACAGCGAGACAUCAUCUCUUUGGACGUGGCUAAAGGGGUGUGGCCUUGGAAAUCUUUCCAAGAUGCAAGUGCUGCACAUCAGUUGGUUCACUGACAGCAUGAGAGAGGGAAGGCCUGUUACUGUUGAGAACAGACAUCUUAUUCAGGACGCACUACCUGCAUUGCAAAUAGAAUCAGCACUAGCCCCUGUGGCUAUGAUUUCUCAAUAUGCCUGUCAGAGACGGACAAGUACAGACAACAAAAACAAGAUUUUUACAGAUGCUUUUGAAAUACUGGCAGAGAACUACGAAUUCAAUGACCUGAAGAGUUCAUGCAUUGCCUUUAGGAGAGCUGCGUCUGUCUUGAAAAGUCUGCCGUGGACUGUGGAGUGUAUAGGGGCCACUCAGGGCUUACCCUGCCUGAGGGAGCACACCAAGGCAGUUAUGGAGGACAUCCUGCAAUGUGGCCGUUCCUUUGAAGUUGAAAAAAUACUCUCAAGUGAGCGGUAUCAGACAUUAAAGCUGUUCACAAGUGUGUUUGGGGUUGGACUGAAGACAGCAGAGAAAUGGUACCUUAGGGGGCUGCGCUCAUUUAGUGAGAUUCUGGCAGAGCCCAGCAUUGAGCUCAACCGGAUGCAGAAAAGUGGUUUUCUGCAUUAUGGAGACAUCUCGAGGGCUGUCACUAAAGCGGAGGCUCAAGCCCUGGGGAACAUUAUUGACGAAGCUGCCCAUUUGAUCACAUCGGACGCCGUAAUAGCAAUGACAGGUGGCUUCCGCAGGGGUAAGGAGGUUGGCCAUGAUGUAGACUUUAUCGUCACAACACCUGAGGCGGGAAAGGAGGAAUACAUGCUACGCCAAAUUAUCGAUAGCUUCAAAAAACAAGGAAUUCUUCUUUACUGUGAAUACCAGGCCUCUACUUUCCACAUGUCCAAGCUGCCAUGCCAGUCAUUUGAGGCAAUGGACUAUUUUGCCAAAUGUUUUCUCAUCCUGCGCUUGGAGGCUAGCCGAGUGGAUGGAGGUCUCAGCUGUGCUGAGGGGGACAACAGGGGCUGGAGGGCAAUUCGUGUGGACUUGGUAUCACCACCGAUGGAUCGUUACGCAUUUGCUCUCCUGGGAUGGACUGGAUCCACGCAGUUUGACAGAGAUCUGAGGAGGUUCGCUCGAUCAGAGAGAAGGAUGAUUUUAGACAAUCAUACUCUUUACGACAAAACAAAGAAAGAGUUCCUGACAGCGAGGAGCGAGGAGGACAUAUUUGCUCAUCUGGGUCUUGAGUACAUUGAGCCUCUGCAAAGAAAUGCGUAG